AUGAGAUUAAAUUACUUUACAAUUGCUGUUAUGAUCAAUGCCUUAGUUCUUCCACCUGAAUGGCCAAACAUUGUUAAACCUACAUUAUUUUCACUUAAAGAAACAAAACUGAAAUUACUAACAUCAUUGCAAUCAUUAAUGCCUCAAGAUACUCCUUAUUAUAAUGUAUCCAUUUCCAGUUUGCCAACAAUUGAUGAUGUUGAUAAACAAAACAUUGUUGAUCCACAAACAGAGAAUAAUAAUAUUUCAUUAAUGUUUAUUCCUCGAGAAUUAAUUAAUCCAACCAUGUUUCAAACUUUAGGACUUGCUAAUCUUUUCUCCAACUGGCAUGAAUUGGUUGAAGGAAAUGGAAAAACUCUGGCAGACUUAUUAUCCAAGAGUCGUUGGUUAAAUCUAACUGCGUUUGAUCAAUUAUUAAUACCUGAAUCAUUUAAAACGUUUUUUAUUUUCAAUACAUUAGGUACUACUACUUCUACACCAACCAUGACAUCAUCAUCGUCAACAUUUUUGAAAAAUCCAAUCAUAUUUAAAAAAUAUGAGAAAGCCAAUACUGUGAAUAAUUUCUUAAGUAAAAGUAUUCCAUUUGAUAUGCCCAAUUUAUUAACAUUAGUGGACUAUUAUAUGGUUAUUCCUCUGCAUGUUAAGAAUUUUCAUAAUGAUCAUGAUAAUCCAUUGCAAGAAGUUAAAAAUUUAACAUCAUCGAUAUAUCAUAAGAGUUUGUUGAAUGUACCUGGUGAAUAUUUACCGAUAUUCAGGUCACAAUUGACUGAAAUGAAACCAACGAUUGUUUUUAUGUUUAAUGAAACCACAUCAUCAUCAUCAUCAACGGGCAAAGUGUCUAGCUUUGCUUAUGAAGACAAGUAUGGAUCAAGCCUUAACCAAGAAGGAAACAUGGAGGUUAGUGGUGGUGGUGGUGGUAGCCCUAUCAUUUCUAUUAAAAAUUAUUUGAGUUCCACAAGUAUAUCAUCAUUUUUCGAUAAAUUCGCUAAUAUUUGGUUGAAACAAGUUGAUUAUGAUUCAUUGAUUCACGCCGUUUAUUGUAAUGUGAAUUCACAAGAUCAACAAUCUAGUUAUUGUUUAAAAAUACAGAACCAAUUGAUUCAUAUUUUACCGGUAUUCAAAAAAAAACUUGAUUCCAAAAAAGAAGCCGAUCCAAAUGAUAAGCCGAAUGGGAUUGGAUAUGACUAUACCAUAGAUAUGAAUUCAAUACAACAAAACCCUGCAACAAAUUCUAAAAUGGAAGAAUUCCCUCAAGAAGAAGAAAUUCAAUCUCAGGCAAUCCGACAAUUACAUGAUAAAUUAAGGUUACAAAAGGACAAGACCAAAGGAGUAACAUUAGGUUUAGCUCAUGAACCGAAAAAAACCAUUGAAAAAAUUGAUGAAAAAUUCGAUGAUAAAAUCGAUAAUAAAAAGACAAAAAUAAUUGAUACUAAAGAUUCAAUAAAGGGGAAAUUAGAUGAUAAAAAAACCUCUGUUUUAAAACAUGUUGGAUCAAAAUUAGAUGGUCUUGAUGAUAAAACUGAUUUAUUGGCUGAUUCAGUAAAACGUAAAAAGCAUCAAUUUACAACUUAUAAAUUAAAACCACGAUUAUUUGAGAAAAAAAAAUCUGCAAAUACCAAAUAUGAACAUAUCGGGGUUGAUGAAACUUAUGAUGAUGACGUUAAUGCUUCUUCUUUAGAGGAUUGUGAUGAUAUUGAGGAUGAGAAUAUUAGAAAAUCUUCCAUAUACGUUGUUGAUGAUGACAAACAAUACAUAAAUAAGAGAAAUCAAGUCAUCGAACCAAAACUAGAUUAUUCAUUAUUAUCCUUCGCUGCUAAUGGUAUCCCUGAUGAAGGAAUAACAAUACCACUUUCAUCAUUAAAAUUUGAACAAGAACAAGAUGAAAAUUUGCAUACAUUAAACCUCCCACGUCAUAAAUCAUUUAGUCAAAUUAUUAAUUUGCAAACUGGUAAAACGUAUCGUAAAAAAAAAAGACAGAUCCCUUCUAUAAUGGACAAUAAUAUUAAUGACAAAAAUGAACCAUGUCAACCAAUCACUUGGUAUAAUAUAUUUCAUUACAGUAUAUUUGGAGAACCAAAAUUCUGUAAUGAAGAAAUUGAAACCAAAUAG